CUAAUUAAUCUCUGCUCAGGGUGACUUCCUACAUCUAAUGUUCUACGGUCUUUCCGGGGCCGGUAAGAAAACUCGCAUCAUGUGUCUGCUGUGGGAACUUUAUGGACCUGGCGUGGAACAGCAAAGCAUUGAAACGGUGAACUUCGCCUCGAACCGGAAGGUGGAAAUCAGCAGUAAUUACCGCAUCGAGGUGAAUCCACCGGGUGCCGGAAUAUAUGAUGGUGGUCGUGACGGAUUUGAUCAAAUAAAUUGCUCAGACGCAGCAGAUUGACCUAGUGAACAGAGGGAAUUUAAGACAAUCGUCUUGUCCGAGAUGGAUGAGCUGACAAAGAUGCCCACCAUGUGCCCAGAAGAAUCAUGAAAAAGUAUGUGUCUAUGUGCAGAUUGGUUCUGUGCGUCAAUUCUACUUCGCUGGUUAUAACCGCGGUUAGAAGUCGUUGCUUGGGAAUAAGAGUGCCGGAACCAUAUGAGGAGGAAAUUCUUAAAAUUUUUGUCAUUUGUUUGUUUCUUGAGUGUAACAGUGUAUAUGCAUUUCAGCACAUCGGGAAGAAAGAAAGUUUACACGUUCAUUCGGAGCUAGCGAAAAUAAUUACCGCCAAGUUUGAGUACAAUUUGCGACGUUCUUCCCUCAUGCUGAUAGCUUGCAAGGUACAACAGUAUCCGUUCAGGGUGAAUGAAGAGAUGCCGAAAACCAUGUAUUCCUCAGAGAAACCACCAAUCAGAUUGUCCUCAAAGUCCACAGAAACUGGAAGCGUACAGAAUCUGGUUGAAAAUUGCGAUGAGUCUGAAGGCGCAAACGUUGAACUUUGCCUGGCAGGACGGACACCGGAGGCAGCAAGGAUGCAAACAUAUAUUCCAUUUGGAAGCGUUCGUAGUGCAGUUUAUGGCACUGUAUAAGUAGUUUCACAACCAAGCAUCCUCAAUAUAA